CGGAAGCGGAAGCUCCUGUCACUGAGGGAAGAUGGCGGCCUCCAGCGCUCUGCUGUCCCCCGUGUUCCAGCUGGUCCGGGCCGGGUACCGGGUGCUCACCCGGGGGGUCUGGGGCCCAACUCUGCUCCACAGCCGCAGCCUGAGGGAGUGUGAGUACAGGGAGCGGCGGCCCGGCGGGGGAGGGAGAGACCGGGAAACCGAGUGACCGACCGAGUAACCAAAUAACCUACCGAAUAACUAACUAACUAACCUACUGACCGACUAACUAACCAACCAACCAACUAACUAAACUAACCCACCGACCGAAUAACUAACUAACCUACUAACUAACCUACUGACCGACCGAGUAACCAAAUAACUAACCUACUGACCGACUAACCGACCAACUAACUAACUAACUAACCUACUGACCGACUAACCGACCAACUAACUAACUAACUAACCUACUGACCGACUGACUGAGUGACCGACCAACUAACUAAUCAAUCAACUAACUAAACUAACCUACCGACCGACCGACCGACUAACUACUCAAUCAACUAACUAACUGUGUGUGACCUCACUAUACCGCCCUCACCAUAACAACAUUAUCAUCAUUAAUAUUAUCCGACCACCUUCCCCUCCAUUAUACCAAACUCGCUAUCCCACCACCUUCCUCUCCAUUACACCAAACUCGCUAUCCCACCACCUUCCUCUCCAUUACACCAAACUCGCUAUCCCACCACCUUCCUCUCCAUUACACCAAACUCGCUAUCCCACCACCUUCCUCUCCAUUACACCAAACUCGCUAUCCCACCACCUUCCUCUCCAUUAUACCAAACUCGCUAUCCCACCACCUUCCUCUCCAUUAUACCAAACUCGCUAUCCCACCACCUUCCUCUCCAUUAUACCAAACUCGCUAUCCCACCACCUUCCUCUACAUUGCUCCUCGGCUUCGCUAUCCCACCACCUUCCCCUCCAUUACAUAGAGCUUCGCUAUCCACCACCUUCCUCUCCAUUAUACCAGGCUUCAGCUAUCCACCUUCUCUCCAUUACAUAGCUUCAGCUAUCACCCCAUUCCUCUCCAUUAUAUAGGCUUCGCUAUCCCACCACCUUCCUCUCCAUUACACCAAACUCGCUAUCCCACCACCUUCCUCUCCAUUAUACCAAACUCGCUAUCCCACCACCUUCCUCUCCAUUAUACCAAACUCGCUAUCCCACCACCUUCCUCUCCAUUAUACCAAACUCGCUAUCCCACCACCUUCCCCUCCAUUACACCAAACUCGCUAUCCCACCACCUUCCCCUCCAUUAUACCAAACUCGCUAUCCCACCACCUUCCUCUCCAUUACACCAAACUCGCUAUCCCACCACCUUCCUCUCCAUUACACCAAACUCGCUGUCCCACCACCUUCCUCUCCAAUACACCAAACUCGCUAUCCCACCACCUUCCUCUCCAUUACACCAAACUCGCUGUCCCACCACCUUCCUCUCCAUUAUAUCAAACUCACUAUACCACCACCUUCCUCUCUGUAACGGACUGUUUUGCUCACCAGAGGUUAAAAACCGUUUAGGCGAUAUUCCCCUUUCCAGAUACACCGACAGCUACUGUAAGCACCGAUCUCCCGAACUGGAAACACAUGAACACUGGAAAUAUCUGAACAGGAAAACCAUACGAAAGGGUUACACUCCUGGCAGUCAGCAUACAAUCCAAUUCCCCCAAUAAUGAGACGACACUUCACUUUGAGGGUUAAGCAGAAUCUGACUGUACUGGCACAUACAGCCUCUUUUAUUCCCAAUCCACAAACUUAGUACUGCACACAGGGUUUUACAGAACAACCAAUCAAUUUGUACAGUACACACAGACACUCCCACACAAAAUCCUCCCCUCUGCCUGUGAUAUGAUUACUGAACACAAUGGUUAAUCUAAUUAUCACAGACAGAGAAAUACAGUUUUAUAAAACACAUCACAGAGACCCCAAAACAUGCAAUAACCCCAUAAAAGUAUAUCAUUAGAACCGGGGGAUCUGGGUGAACCACAUAUCCAAAAUUCACCCAGAUCCGUUCAGUACUUUGGAAGAUACAGUUUAAUGCAGAUUCUGCAGAACAUAUACAGGCUAAAUGAAAAACAAUCACUGUAUAAUGUGUCCCCUGCUGUAUAGUCCAAAACCACUGCACAAUGUCUCUGUGCACCAAAUACCGGCGAGAUGGCACCGUGUUGAAAAGUCCAAACAGUGUCUGUGAGUUAAAAUGGCCGCCCUCCAUUGUUCUCACCAUGUGCUUCUGAUACAGGAAAUGGUGGCCACCCAGUAACUCCACAGUAUGUCUCCAGAUGGUUCUUAAAGGGCCAGCAGCAGCACAACACAAAUCCCUUAUGCCCAAAUCACGUCUUUAAAGGGCAAUACAUCCCAGGGACCAUAGUCACAUGGCAGGAGGCGGGCAGCCAGGCUUUGUCCAGUGGCUCCAAUGUCCAGUGGCGAGGCGGCUUUCGCCACACUCUCCAUUAUACCAAACUCGCUAUACCACCACCUUCCUCUCCAUUAUACCAAACUCGCUAUACCACCACCUUCCUCUCCAUUAUACCAAACUCGCUCUACCACCACCUUCCUCUCCAUUAUACCAAACUCACUAUACCACCACCUUUAAUCACAUACAGGAGGCUCUUGCAGGGUCUAGCAAGCUAUUAACAUAGCAGGGGAUAGGGAAAAUUUAAACUUAACAGAACUUGCAAUAAAGAAAGGAUAAACUUUAGAUGACUCUUUACAGGAAGUGUUUAGGAAGGCUGUGCAAGUCACAUGCAGGGAGAUGUGACUAGGGUUCAUAAACAAAGGGAUUUAACUCAUAAAUGGAAGAGAAUUGAGCAGUGAGGAUGCAGGGGUAUUUUCUAUGCACUAAAACUGCUUCAUUAAGCUAAAGUUGUGUUGGUGACUAUAGUGUCCCUUUAAAUACUCAGCAAGCUUUUUAAAGGGACACUACGUCACCAAAAAAGUUAGCUUAAUAAAGCAGUUUUGGCGUACAGAUCAUAGCCCUGCAGUCUCACUGCUCAAUUCUCUGACAUAUAGGAGUUAAAUCACUUUGUUCAUACAGCAUUAAUCACACCUCCUUGCAUGUGACUUGCACAGCCUUCCUAAAUAUUUCCUAUAAAUCAUCUGUUUACACUUCCUUUAUUACACAUUAUGUUUAAUUUAGAAUAUUGUAUCCCCUUCUCCCUUUAUAGCCUUUUUGACCUUCUGGAGUUUCCUGUGUGUGAUUAACGUUCAAUUUACAGAGCAGGAGAUAAAUACUUAAGCUCUCUCUUCCAGCUGCCUGUAUUGCUCCUGACACCCAUUUUCAGAUCCCAAUGGACACUGUCGUACCUGUCGCACAUGAUUAUGAGACUGGUAGAUCCUCUGUAGAACUUAUAUCGUGAUCCGAGAGAAGAAAUCUUCCCCUCACAGUCAUUUCUAACAAUAGCUGUGGGAAUAGACUAAAAUUAUUGGAGGAAGCACCACAUCAUGUCAUAUGUCUUAUGAUAUAUUUAGAUUUUAGUGAAAUCCCAGUGUUGUCAGUAUAAGGGUUUCAUAGAGAUUAUAUAUGUAGUGACAGAGCUAGUUUAAAGUUUCCUUUCUCUGUCUUUAGAUAGGAUCAUGGAUCUCACACAGCGCCCUCCUAUGGUGGUGCCGCCUGUCUGAUUUGCCUUUGGGAAUUUCUAAAUCGGAACUUAGUUGCUCUUUUUUGAAUAUAUUCUUGUAUUAUUGCUUUCUAAUCUAAAAUUUAAUUACACAAAUAUGUAUAGAUGUUUUCAUAUUUUGAUUUAUUUUCUUUUUACAUUAUGUAAAUUUAUGUGCAAUUGUCCUGUUUUUCCCGCAGUGGUGGAGGAGAAAUCUGGGAAGGUGACUGUGGUGAGUACUGUUAGUGAAAUCUCUGGUAUAUUGUGUGCAGUAUCAGGGUUAAAUCCAGUGUUUCUUAUUAAUAUGCAGCUCUUUUUUUGAUAUGUGUUUAUUUUUUAUUUGUGGUCCUUGUAGAACUGCACACUCCAUAAAAUACCCGAAGAAGACUUGGAGUGCCUGUUUCCUUAAAGAGACUAUAGUCACCAGAACACCUACAGCUUAAAGAGUCACCUGAACAACUUUAGCUUAAUGAAGCAGUUUUGGUGUAUAGAACAUGCCCCUGCAGCCUCACUGCUCAAUCCUCUGCCAUUUAGGAGUUAAAUCCCUUUCUUUAUGAACCCUAGUCACACCUCCCUGCAUGUGACUUGAACAGCCUUCCAUAAACACUUCCUGUAAAGAGAGCCCUAUUUAGGCUUUCUUUAUUGCAAGUUCUGUUUAAUUAAGAUUUUCUUAUCCCCUGCUAUGUUAAUAGCUUGCUAGACCCUGCAAGAGCCUCCUGUAUGUGAUUAAAGUUCAAUUUAGAGAUUGAGAUACAAUUAAGGUAAAUUACAUCUGUUUGAAAGUGAAACCAGUUUUUUUUUUUCCAUGCAGGCUCUGUCAAUCAUAGCCAGGGGAGGUGUGGCUAGGGCUGCAUAAACAAACAAAGUGAUUUAACUCCUAAAUGACAGUGAAUUGAGCAGUGACAUUGCAGGGGAAUGAUCUAUACACUAAAACUGCUUUAUUUAGCUAAAGUAAUUUAGGUGACUAUAGUGUUCCUUUAAUGUAUGGUAUACAGCUUAAUGUAGUUGUUCUGGUGAGUAUAAUAACUCCCUUCAGGCAUUUUCAUGUAAACACUGCCUUUUCAGAGAAAAGGCAGUGUUUACAUUGCACCUAGGGACACUUCCAGUGACCACUCCUUAGAUGGCCACUGCAGGGGCUUCCUGGCUCAGUGCUGUACAGUAGGCAGCACUGCCGUUCAGCAUAUACACACUGCAUGGAGACGCUGAAUUUUCCUCAUAGAGAUGCAUUGAUUCAAUGCAUUUCUAUGAGGAGGUCCUGAUUGGCCAAAAUGACAUUUGGCCCCAGCCCCGUGCAGAUUUUAGCCAAUCCAAUGCUUUCCCUAUGUAAAAGCAUUGGAUUGGCUAAAAAUUGGUUAUUAUGAUGUCACAAAGGGGGCAGAACCAGCCCUGGCGGGCCCGCGCGGCACUGGAAUAAGGUGAGUUUUAAACUUCUAUAGGGGACUAAGGGGGGGCAAGCAACCUAAAUGGUGGGUUUAGCACUAUAGGGUCAGGAAUACAUGUUUGUGUUCCUGACCCGAUAGUGAGCCUCUAAUUUCACUAACCAUUAACUCAUGGUAAAUGUCAUAAAGUGUUCUUCAAACCGGUACCUAAAGUGCACCCCAAUGAAAUUAAAGUAAACCUUAGUAAAGUGUCCCCAAAGAAUCGUGUGUAAAAGUCUUUUUGCAUAUUCUCAUAGUGGAUACAACUUGCAAUAAGUGCAGAUCUAGUAUCUGCAGCUCCUACAAGCAUUCCCCUUUUACCCAUUAAAGACUUGUCUGUCCUGGAGUUGGAGCACUGCUGAGCUAAUCCCAUAUACAGUGCAUUCUAGUACAGCAAAGCUUUCUGCGAGUUGUCAUUUAUAUUCCAGCUUUUUUACUGCUGAAUGCCAACAGAUUACAACUCGCAGAAACCUUAGUCAUGGGUCAUGUACAGCAUCAUUCUCUGAGCAAAAAAUACUGCAGAUUACAAGACAGUGCUCAAAGUGUAGGCUUAUGGGGGGGAAAAAACAGCUAGACACUAAGAAAUGUAAAAACAUCCACUUUCUCUGUCCCACACAGCUAUCAGUACUGAGAGAAAGCACUUGAUUAGAGUGAUAGAAACAUAGAAUGUGACGGCAGAUAAGAACCAUUCGGCCCAUCUAGUCUGCCCAAAUUUAUAAAUACUUUUAUUAGUCCCUGGCCUUAUCCUUUAGUUAGGAUAGCCUUUUUGCCUAUCCCACGCAUGCUUAAACUCCUUUACCGUGUUAAUCUCUACCACUUCAGCUGGAAGGCUAUGCCAUGCAUCCACUACCCUCUCAGUAAAGUAAUACUUCCGGAUAUUAUUGUUAAACUUUAGCCCCUCUAAUUUAAGACUAUGUCCUCUUGUUGUGGUAGUUUUUCUUCUUUUAAAUAGUCUCCUCCUUUAUUGUGUUGAUUCCCUUUAUAUAUUUAAAUGUUUCUAUCAUAUCCCCUGUAGCGGAUGGCACUGGGCUGUCCUGAGAAUUACAUGUGUUUGAAUGCAUUCGUGUAAAAUGGCAAAGUUAUAUGUGUUAAAUGUAUUGUAUUCGUCUGAAUGUUAGGUAGUUUCAUUCCCUUAGUUUGUUCGAAUGAAACUACCGAACAGUCAGACCUCCCCUGUGUGAAGUGUGCCUUCAAUUACCCAUUGCAACAUUGUUGCGAAUGGGUAAUUGACAAGCUGAGUAGCCGUCCUUUGUUCUCGGGGGUGGCCGCCAUUCGGGAUACGAACACAUGGCGGCGGCCAUUUUUAAAACUCCCGAACAGCAGUGUUUUGCCGUUGAGUGUCUGGAACUCAAAUCGGGCACUCGACUAGGCGAACACAAGACCUCCACAAGCCCGGUCCGUUCGGUUCCAAACUACCGAACGGCCCCUGGUUCGGUAGAUAGAAACAACCGAACAAGGGGAUUCAGGCGAACCCUCCCUAGAGGCUUUCGUGCAGUUUAUUCCCUUACUCCAGGACCUACCGCAGGGCCCCAUCGCAUGUGUGAAGGCUAAAUGCCUGUAUUAGUUCGGUUCAAUAUAUAGGGAAUAAAUGUAUUUGUUUACCGAAAGAGGACCAUACACCCUGGGUAGCAAUUAGCAUUAGAACGCGGAGAAAACCGCGACUUAAUUGCUACUAGGUGGCCGCCAUUCGACAUACGAACACGUGGCGAGAACAAAGGAUGGCGGCCAUCUUAAAACUCACGAAUGCAGUUAGCGGGGCUUACGCAUAAAUUUCAUGGAACUAAUUUCGGUACGGCAAACAUGCGAACGCCCGGUCACCACGGAAGUCCUGGAUGAAUACGUUCCCCUACACGAAUCCAACUGGCGUUCGGUAGAUAGAAUCUACCGAAUAAGGGGAACAUUCACAGGUAACCAGCUGCACCAUACGAACUGUGGUUUUCGUGCAGUUAGAUGUGAACGGAGACCAGCUCUUGCUACUGAUUCUCUGGAACUCAAAAUCGGAUACCUCCACAUGGCGAGCCGGUCAAACUUCCACAUGAUGCGACACGGAAACUACCAAACGGAAAUUCGUGAGAUUUGGAUAUAUGACUACCAGUAUCCUCAGCUACCCAGGGAUGUUGAAAUUAUGUUUGUAUGUGGCAUAAAAAGUACUUUUCUAAAAUUGUUAAAAACUGUAACAUUUUUGGCCAGCAGAUAAUUGAGCUUUGUGUAUUGUAGAAACUCAAUUAUCUAGCCUGGCCCAGAGGAGGAGUUUUGUGUUGCAUAAAUUGUGAGUUCUGUGUGCCAGUAAAUCAGUCUUGUUCCAGCAUUAAGCUUUGGUUCAUGUGUGGAUUAUUCGGCGAUUGCAGGGAUAUUUCUACUCGUGGAAUAUUGGGUGUUUUUCUUUUAUGGGAAGAAGGGAAUGCUUGACGGUGAUACCCUAUACUACCGUCACAGCAUGUGUAAAAUGUACUUUGUAAUGGUGAUAAUGUUGAAUCUUAAUUUCUUCUCAUCUUCGGUUGAUUGAUAUAUAUACUUCUUUUGUAUAUAUAUUCUUGGGCCAAAUGCUCGCCACAAUAAUAUAUAUGUCUAUAUUAUUGAAAAGUAGUAAUACGCAAUCUGACUUACGGUUUCUUCCGGUUUAUUCUUAGUUACAGAUACAUAAUAAAACAUAAUAAAUGAUGUUACAGGAUUAUGGACAUUCAACAGCAGAUGGUAAUUGCUGGACUUCUUAUCGGAGAGUUACAUCGUUGUACAGAGCCAAGAGAAGACUGAGAGUGACCUCGUGUCCCUCUGUUACUAUAAAGAUGUGCUAAUACUAACGUCAGCAUAUAACUCUAGCCAUAUAAGGACAAGACCCCCGAAUCCACAUUCCAGAGCUCUCGGACACAGAAAGCCUUGUGACUUAUUGAUACCAUCUGUUACUUAUGUCAAUCCACACAUCCAUAUAUAUAAUCAAUAGAAACAUAGAAUAUGCAAUAUUCUACAGCAUGGAACCCCAUUCGGCUGUUUUCUCCAGUGCGGUCGGUCAUUUUAUUCCCUCCAUAAAUUUCCCGAACCCCUGGUCUGAUCUGGGUGAUUUUUGGAUAUGUUGUUCACCCAGAUCAGGGCUACCAGGGGAUGUAUAAUUUAAAGUGGUACCCCUAAGUUUAGGGGUACAUCCAGAAACGGGGGAAAUUGGUGUGCUGGAUAAGGGGAUUAUUAUGUAGGCUGAGGGGAGGAGAUGUGUGGGAGGUUACCAGAGCAGGAUUGGCUACUGUACAAAUUAAUGGAAAUCCCUCCCUUGCGUGGGAGCAGGCUUUAUAAGGCCACUGCGUGAAUAAAACUUUAGUUCUGCUCCUGAUACUGUGUGUUGUCCGGUUAUUGGGAUUGCUGUUGGGAUACUGCUGUUAUUUUGCCUGCUGGAUACUUUACCCUAUGGAUUUAUAAUUGCUUGUUCCUGAACCUCCCUGGGAUCUAAAGUGGAGAUAGGCUGUGUAAUACCAGCUCUCCGCUACAUCCCGCCUGUCUCGUCUUUCCUCCAAGCUAUACAUGUUAAGAUCCUUUAACCUUUCCUGGUAAGUUUUAACCCGCAAUCCAUGAACCAGUUUAGUAGCCCUUCUCUGAACUCUCUCUAAGGUAUCAAUAUCCUUCUGGAGAUACGGUCUCCAGUACUGCGUACAAUACUCCAAGUGAGGUCUCACCAGUGUUCUGUACAAUGGCAUGAGCACUUCCCUCUUUCUACUGCUAAUACCUCUCCCUAUACAACCAAGCAUUCUGCUAGCCUUUCCUGCUGCUCUAUUGCAUUGUCUGCCUACCUUUAAGUCAUCAGAAAUAAUCACCCCUAAAUCUCUUUCCUCAGAUGUUGAGGUCUUGGGUUUUUACGUCCAAGAUGCAUUAUCUUGCACUAAUCCACAUUAAAUGUCAAUUGCCACAACUCUGACCAUUUUUCUAGUUUACCUAAAUCAUUUGGCUUAUCUCUCCUGGAACGUCAAUCCUGUUACAUAUCUUAGUAUCAUCAGCAAAAAGACAUACCUUACCAUUUCGACCGUCUCCAAUAUCACUUGUAAAAACAUUAAAGAGAAUGGGUCCAAGUACAGAUCCCUGAGGUACCCGACUGGUAACUAGACCUUGCUUCAAAUUUACUCCAUUGACUACAGCACUCUGUUGCCUGUCACUCAGCCACUGCCUUACCCAUUCAACAAUAUUGGAAUCCAAACUUAAAGAUUGCAAUUUAUUGAUAAGCCUUCUAUCUGCAACGUGUUAAAGGCCUUACUGAAAUCUAGGUAAGCAAUGUCUACUGCACCACCCUGAUCUAUUAUUUUAGUUACCCAAUCAAAAAAAUCAAUACGAUUAGUUUGGCAUGAUCUCCCUGAAGUAAACCCAUGUUGUCUCUGAUCUUGAAAUCCAUGUGUUUUUAGAUGUUCAUCAAUCCUAUCCUUUAACAUGGUUUCCAUCACUUUCCCCACUACUGAAGUAAGGCUUACUGGCCUAUAGUUGCCCGUCUCCUCCCUACUACCUUUCUUGUAAAUGGGCACAACAUUCGCUAACUUCCAAUCUUCUGGGACUACUCCUGUUAACAAUGAUUGGUUAAAUAAAUCUGUUAAUGGUUUUGCUAGUACACCACUAAGCUCUUAACUUUGGGUGUAUUCCAUCAGGUCCCAUUGACUCAUUUGUCUUUACUUUUGACAGUUGAAAUAGAACCUCCUCUUCUGUAAACUCGCAUGUAAUAAAAGACACAUUUGUCCUUUUUCCUAACUGAGGUCCCUUUCCUUAAUUUUCAUCUGUAAAUCCUGAACAAAAAUAUUAAUUGAGGCAGUCAGCUAGACCUUUAUCUUCUUUUACAUACCUUCCUUCUUUUGGUUUUUAUUCUAACUAUUCUUGUUUUACUUUCCUUUUCUCAUUUAUGUAUCUAAAAAAAGAGUUUUUUUUGUUUUUGUUUUUUUUAACUGACUGUAUAAUAACUAAAUGCUAACUUUUUGUUUUUUACUAUUUUGGCCACAUCUGCAGAGUACAAUCCUAAUGCAAUUUUCUCUUGCCUUCAGCAGUGCAACUUUUAAAUAAUCCCAUUUCUCUUGGACUCCAUUUAAAUUGCUCCAGUCUGAUAAUGACUCCUUUACACACAUUCCUAUUUUAGAAAAAAAUAAUUUCUAAAGUCUAAAACUUUUUUGUUUUUGUGUGGUGUGACUCAGUCACUGUUCUUAUAUUAAACCACACUGACUGAUGAUCACUGGAUCCUAAACUUUCACCUACAUCAAUAUAUGAUACCAAAUCUCUAUUUCUUAACACUAAAUCUAGUAUGGCCUCUUUACGAGUUGGCUCCUCAAAGACUUGUUUUAGAGACAAUCCCAGUAGGGAGUUUAGAAUAUGUGUGCUCCUGGCACAAGCAGCUAUUUUGGUUUUCCAGUUCACAUCAGGAAGAUUAAAGUCACCCAUGAUGAUAACUUCCCCCUUCAUUGUCAUUUUAGCUAUUUCCUCAACUAGUAGAUUAUCUAACUCUUCAAUUUGUCCUGGGGGCCUAUAAAUCACACCUACAUGAGUUACUGUGUGAUUGCCAAAUUCUAACGUAGCCCAAACAGACUCUAUGUUUGCCUCACUAACUUUUAUUAGGCUAGAUUUUAUGCUAUCCUUCACAUACAAGGCCACCCCUCCCCCUUUCUUGCCUUCCCUAUCUUUCCUAUAUAAAGAGUACCCUGGUAUUGCUAUGUCCCAGUCAUUUUCUCAUUGUACCAUGUCUCAGUAACAGCGACUAAAUCUACACUAUCAGUUGCCAUUAUUGCCACAAGUUCAUGGAUCUUAUUCCCUAAACUGCGAGCAUUUGUAGACAUGACUCUAAGCUUAUCAUUUUUUAACACACUUGCUACAGGCACCUUCUGUCCUUGUUUUGGGGACAAUUGGAUUGAUGUUUUAUCACCCUUUUGCCCCCCCCUUCUAGUUUAAAUACAUCCUAACAAAACCUCUGAACUGCUCACUGAGAACAUUUGUUCCCUUUUGAGAAAGAUGCAAACCAUCUUUUUUGUACAGCUUAUCUCCAUUCCAAACAGAGCUACCAUGAGAAAUAAAGCCAAAUCCUUGCUCCAGACACCAUUCACCAAGCCACAAGUUAAAGUCCCUAAUGCAGGGGUGCAGAAUUGUGAGCAAGGAUUGUAUUUUUGAGGAUUAAUUUUAUUAUUGAACAACAACCAUGUUCUCAAUGAACCCAAAAACUCAUUAAUAUCAAAGCUGAAUAUUUUUUGCAGGUAGUUUUUUAGUUUGUUUUUAGUUACUUAGCUAUGUUAGGGGAGUUAUCUGUGUGUGCAGGUGACUAUUACUGUGCAUAAUUAUUAGGCAACAACAAAAAACAAAUAUAUACCCAUUUCAAUUUAUUUGUAUUACCAGUGAAACCAAUAUAACAUCUCAGCAUUCACAAAUAUACAUUUCUGACAUUCAAAAACAAAACAAAAACAAAUCAGUGACAGCCAUAGCCACCUUUCUUUUGCAAGGACACUCAAAGAAGCCUGCCAUCCAUGGAUUCUGUCAGUGUUUUGAUCUGUUCACCAUCAACAUUAAGUGCGGCAGCAACCACCUCCCGAACACUGUUCAGAGGAAUUUGCAUUUUCCCCUCCUUGUAAAUCUCACAUUUGAUGAUGGAUCACAGGUUCUCAAUGGGGUUCAGAUCAGGUGAACAAGGAGGCCAUGUCAUUAGAUUUUCUUCUUUUAUACCCUUUCUUGCCAGCCACGCUGUGGAGUACUUGGGCGUGUGUGAUGGAGCAUUGUCCUGCAUGAAAAUCAUGUUUUUCUUGAAGGAUGCAGACUUCUUCCUGUACCACUGCUUGAAGAAGGUGUCUUCCAGGAACUGGCAGUAGGACUGGGAGUUGAGCUUGACUCCAUCCUCAACCUGAAAAGGCCCCACAAGCUCAUCUUUGAUGAUACCAGCCCAAACCAGUACUCCACCUCCCCCUUGCUGGCGUCUGAGUCGGACUGGAGCUCUCUGCCACCCCCCACCAAUCCAGCCAUGGGCCCAUCCAUCUGGCCAUCAAGACUCACUCUCAUUUCAUCAGUCCAUAAAACCUUAGAAAAUCAGUCUUGAGGGCCUUUCUUGGCCCAGUCUUGGCGUUCAGCUUGUGUGUCUUGUUCAGUGGUGGUCGUCUUUCAGCCUUUCUUACCUUGGCCAUGUCUCUGAGUAUUGCACACCUUGUGCUUUUGGGCACUCCAGUGAUGUUGCAGCUCUGAAAUAUGGCCAAACUGGUGGCAAGUGGCAUCGUGGCAGCUGCACGCUUGACUUUUCUCAGUUCAUGGGCAGUUAUUUUGGGCCUUGGUUUUUCCACACGCUUCUUGCGACCCUGUUGACUAUUUUGAAUGAAACGCUUGAUUGUUCGAUGAUCACGCUUCAGAAGCUUUGCAAUUUUAAGAGUGCUGCAUCCCUCUGCAAGAUAUCUCACUAUUUUUUACUUUUCUGAGCCUGUCAAGUCCUUCUUUUGACCCAUUUUGCCAAAGGAAAGGAAGUUGCCUAAUAAUUAUACACACCUGAUAUAGGGUGUUGAUGUCAUUAGACCACACCCCUUCUCAUUACAGAGAUGCACAUCACCUAAUAUGCUUAAUUGGUAGUAGGCUUUCGAGCCUAUACAGUUUGGAGUAAGACAACAUGCAUAAAGAGGAUGAUGUGGUCAAAAUACUAAUUUGCCUAAUAAUUCUGCACUCCCUGUACACAUCCGCCUGUCGUUCUGAGUGUUAUGCACUGGCAGAACUUUAGAGAAUGACAGCGUGGAAGCAACCUGCCGUAUAUCAUUGGCAAAAACACUAAUAACUUCCUUUACCUCUGAAACCUCUUUGCAAGCCAAGUCAUUUGUCCCUAGAUGGACAAGUACAUCAGUACUGAGAGGAGGCACUGGAUUAGAGUGAUGGGAUUCCCUGUCCUACACAGCUAUCAGUACUGAGAGAAGAUGCUGGAUUAGGGUUAUGGGAUUCUCUGUCCCACACAGCUAUCGGUACUGAGAGAAGGCACUGGAUUAGAGUGAUGGGAUUCUCUGUCUGUACCACUGGAUUAGAGUGAUGGGAUUCCCUGUCCUACACAGCUAUCAGUACUGAGAGAAGAUGCUAGAUUAGGGUUAUGGGAUUCUCUGAUCCACACAGCUAUCGGUACUGAGAGAAGGCACUGGAUUAUAGGGAUGGGAUUCUCUGUCCCACACAGCUAUCGGUACUGAUAAAAGACACUGGAUUAGGGUGAUGGAAUUCUCUGUCCCACACAGCUAUCAGUACUGAGAGAAGAUGCUGGAUUAUAGUGAUGGGAAUCUCUGUCCCACACAGCUAUCAGUACUGAGAGAAGGCACUGGAUUAGAGUGGUGGGAUUCUCUGUCCCACGCAGCUAUCAGUACUGAGAGAAGGCACUGGAUUAGAUUGAUGGGAUUGUCUCAGUAUUGUGUUGGAUGUUGAGCGCUUUAUAAACCGGUUUCCAUUGAAGAACAUGAAGAGCCUGCUUCUCCUGUCUGCCGCAGACACUUUGGAAGUUGGACACGCUCUCUUAAUGUAGCCUGGCCGGGAACUCUGUGGCAGCUGGUCACUUCCAUAUUGAAUAACAAUCAUGGCAUUAAAGCAGUCAGUAUAAGGCUAGCUGCUGCCAGAUGUUCAGGGUGACCAGUUACUGCAUGGUGACUCAGAAGCCAGCUGUUCUUCCUGCUUUCAUUACAAUAAAGUCACGACGGCUAAAUAUUUAUUCAUGAGAUUGUUGAGGUGUUGCGAGCCAGCACAGCUGUAUGUGCAUUUUUUAAUACGAACUUAAAUUAUCAAUGUUUUGUGGUCAUUUGGUAACUCAGUACAUACUCUUCUGGGUGGCCUGCGUGUAGUAUGGAUGGCGAUGUGUGCCUGCGUGUAUGUAUAAUGGUGUUUUUUUUGCAUGUAGUAUGGAUUGCGGUGUGUGCGCCUGCGUGCCUGCGUGUAGUAUGGAUAGCGGUGUGGGCACAGGUGUAGUAUGUGUAGCAGGGUGGUAUACAUGUACACAGCCAGGAGCAGAAAGGUCUACAUUUGCUCUUCAUUUAAAAAGACACUCUACGGCCCCUCACCCAAAAAUAAUGAUUUAGUAGAUAUACUCCAAAUAAAAACUUGCAUACAUUUAACUAUGCAUUCUUUUAUUUGGGUAUAUCUAAAACUAGCUUGCAAAAGCUGCAGAUCUCUGGUCUGCAGCCUUUUCAAGCCCUCCUCUUCUAAUCCCACCCAGACUUUCUGUGGCUGUCCAAUCAGACUCCCCAAUGCAGUUCAAUUAGAAGUCUUUGCAAAGGAGGUGCCCUAGGUAAUUGCUGUCUCUUGAGGACAGAUGCAUUGAACUAACGAAAACGGGUAUUAACAGGACCGCUUGUUUGAUUGACAGCCAGAGUGUAACAACGGUUAACAACGUUCAUUUAUAAAAGUGAAAAUUUCUGUUGAAUUCUGCCUUUUUGCAAAAUUAUAAAGAGGGCACACUCUUCACACACAAAGCAUUUCCGCAAGUGACGGCUGAAAUGUGAAAUGAAAUUAUUAGGUUUAUAAUAAAAUAAGAUAUCGGAAGAAGGAAUAAAAACUGGUGCAAAGACACAUUUUGGUGCACUAUAGAGAAUGUACGAAAAAUAGCACGUGCACACAAAGCCUAGAAUAUAAGGAAGCAAAUAUACCAGUUUUUAUACCGAAACCCCAUGUACCUGUUUCUCCUCAUUUCAUUGUGUGUCCUGACAGCACACCGGGUUGAAGGGUUAAUAAGUCAAUAUGAAACAAUCAGUAUGUUUUAGUUUUUUUCCACAUAUUGCCUUCCUCCCAUUGCCAGCAGCUAGUCAAUGGACCCGUGAGGCCUGCGUGCGUCACUGGUCAGGUUAACAAGGGUGAUGGCGAGAUAGUGAUCUUAUUGUACCAGAUCCAGGCCCUGUCAUAGUAAGAACAAACAGUGUCAGACUAAGGGGUGCAGGUUAUUGUAAUUGUAUGAUGUCUUCUCGGCUUGGCCGUGCUUUUAUUGAAUAUUUUCUAAAAAACAUCUAAACUCGUGGAACCAACAUCCCCGGGAUACCGCCGGACACUCGGUCACCAUGAUCUGAAAACAUUUCUUGCAAUCGCUUUGUUGGAUCUCAUUGUUUUUAUUGGAUAGCCAGGAUUGUGUUGAUUCCUGGUGGGGGAGAGGUCGUCUGUCUUGCUUUGUGUUUCAGGCUGUCCCGGGCUCCAUAUACCCAUCUGUGCUGUGCAUUGAAAGACCUCACCGAUUCAUGGAAAAUUAUUUACCUCUUAUACAACUGCAGACAAUUCUAAAGACAGAAUGCAACAGCUGAUAAGUUCAGAUGUAAUCGUUACCAAACCUUGUGAUUUAUGCUAAUAAACAUUUUAUCUUUUAUUUUGUCUCUUAACAUGCCAGAAAUGAUUUCAAUUCCUUUGUAGCUUCUUCUGUGCCAGACUUUGAAUUCCUUGGGCUUAGCCGUACUGUAAAUGACAUAUUUCCUCUGUUGUGUUUACAUAUUUAGCUAUUGGGUGCAUCAGUGAUGUGUGACUAAAGUUGCAGUCAGGGCUGGGGAUCAGUACAUUGAUGUCAUUUUAAAGGGAAACAAAAAUAAGGGCUUAAAUAAUCCGCAGUUUUUAAUUCAUUACACCGAGAAAAAAAACUUGCCUUUCAAGAUCCUGAAAUAGCACAGUUUAGAUAAGCUGAAUUCAGCUUCAGACAGAUGGCUCCAUCACCAAUCUGGAGCCUCUCAUUCUUUGAAGUCCUAGUUCUGUGAACAGGGAUGGGUGCAGCAUACAGGAAAGUGGAGUUUUGGCUGCCUGAUUGACAGCUACUAGGGGCUGGGUUAUAACGUGAUUUGUACAGAUUACAGUAGUUCUAAACCACACUCCGACAUGAGUUUAUGAUGUGUAGUCAACACCAAAAAUAUCUUGUCUUACCUCCGAAUACGUUGAAUACGUCAUGGCACAACAAAUCUGUGAUUUGUGAGCCUGUUCAAGCACCCAAGGUGACUGACUGCAGUGCGGCUGAAUGAUUACGGCGGUGAGGAAGCUGUCAUCUCCCCGGGAGCAGGGAGAUGAUCACAUCCCCUCUGGACCUCAUGGAAAGCUGAUCCACUACCAGCUCUCCCAAAAUGUGGACACAUUAAAAUAAAAAAGUAAUAAAUAAUUUGUGUGUGUGUGUGUGUGUCAAAUCAGUGAGUAUGUGAGUGUGUCUGUGUUUGUCAGUGUGUGUUUGUCAGUCAGUGUUGUCUGUGUCUGUCAGUGAGCGUGUGUCUUAAAUCAGUGUGUGUGUCUGUCAGUGAGUGUGUAUGAGACCUGCCCCCCUCCAAUCACAUGGGAAAGGUGCUUUUUUCCCACACCAUGCUCGUGACGCCACAGCAGGCCCCACCUCCAUGGCUGAUAUCAUCAGUCUUGAUGAUCUCCGCCAAUCCAAUGCUUCCCCAUAGGAAAGCAAUGGGAGACUAUUGCACAUGCACAGCAAAACAAGAGCAUUUACAUAGGUGCUGCACACUGUGCAACACUGAACCAGGAAGCACCUCUGGAGGCCACCUGAGUGACUGUCACUAGUGUCAGUGUUUACAUUGCAAGUGUGCAAGGACAGACUGUAGACUUCAGAACAAUUACAUUAAUCUGUAGUGGUUCUGGUGACUAUAGUGUCCCUUUAAGAGUUGUAUUUUUGAUGUUGGAAAAAAGUCUCCUAACCUUAACUGGCUCCUAGAUUUCAAGUACAUUUGUCAAGCCCUGGAAUACAUCAUAUAUCACAAAGACACAUGAUGUAUUCAAUAUCAAAUAUUGACAUAUACUCCCCUCUGUUUAAAGUCCACCAUCUACAGAGCUUUGUGGUUGUUACUCUACAUCUAACGUCCACCUCCAGUCCUUUCGUGGUGCCUGUAGUCUGUGUGUGUUUCGCUUGGAAACACUACACAUACCAAGUUUAACCCCUCAGCCCCACAUUCGACAGCGUCAAUCGAGUCUCAUCAGCCUGCCCGGAAUUGAUUCGCAUUGAAUGUAUUCAUUUGGUGAGAGCACGCUAAGCCAGUGAAUGGGUUAGGCCGCUGCUCUGCCGGGAGCUCCUCACUGGACUACCAGGGAGCACUGAAAAUCUGUGGGGACCUAGGUAAGGGGCAAAUGAUUGUGUACUGGAGUGGAUAUGAUGCUUAGAGUAGCCAUUUAAUGAAGUGGUUAUGGUGUAUAGUUCACCGGUGGAUACAGUCAGCAGUUUCAUAACUGUGACUAGAACAGUGAUUGGCUGAGACUGUCCACCUGAUGCUGUUAGCCUAUCAUUGCCCACGAACCCUGGUUUGUUGUGAAGCUCCGCCUCUGCCAUAUCCUCGUUGGAGGCCAGGCACAGAGAAUCUUAAAUAGAGAUAAAAAUGUUCAAAUGUCAUGUGGGACCUAGUGCCCAUAGACUUCGGGCACCAUAACCACUUUAGUCAGUCAAAGUGGUUAUGGUGCUUACUGCAUUCCUUAAGCAUUUACCAAUAUGAUUUUCACAGUGUUAUUUUACUGGUAAUUGGCAUCAUCGAUAGUUUACAUAUCAUUAGUGAUUAUCAUUGUUAGUAUGCCUGACAAGAUAAUCAAGGAGCAGAGGCAGUUUUGUAAAUACGCCUAGUGAAUGAACUUCACUACUUUAUGGACAUUCUGUGUCGACGCGUUUGAUGACCAAUCCUUUGUUAAAGUUGCUCUCCCAAGCCAUUUUGAAUGACAGGGCUCCUCCUGUUGAAGCAAGCAUGGAUCAAAGAACUUCAGAUAAUGACCAUUCCUGUGUUUUGGAUUCCAUAUUCAGACCUUCGGGGUAAAGCGCUAAAUCUAAACAUAUUUUACUUGGAUAACAAGGCUACAGCUCAUGGACAGCCUGGGGAUUCCCUGGUACUGAUUAAUGAAGUUGUAGAUGUAUGGCCAGCCCCACUGCAGGAGAUUGAAUGAAUGUUCGUCCUCUCUUUGUUGUGAACUUGUAAUAAAUGAUAGACUGAUAGGAUUGACAAGCUUAGGGUUUUAGUGUGUUAUGUCAGAAAGCUUGGACGAGUUCUGCAGAGCCAAUAACUAUAUUUGUAUUUAAAGUAAAUGUUCAUCUUGGAGAUUGUUAAGGAAUUCCUUUCCGUGUAUAUCCUGGAGUAUUUCCAGAACCCUGCUGGUAUUGCUAUAUGGUAAUAUCUGCUGCUCUCUCACUGACAUUCGUUUAACCCUUCGUGUGCAAGAAUUAGGCAGUAAAGUGGCAAAAAGCAUAAAGUUGGUGUAUCCUCCUUGAUAAAACAUCCCAUAUUAGUUAUUACAUUCACAGGGUAAAGAUUGUCGUUCUGUAACAUACAUCUUUCACGCCUUUGGUAGGAAGUGGGUCACUGUUUGCCUGUUCUCUCUGUGGCCUUGCUGCCUGAGGUUUGGAAAAUGCUUUGUGGCCUGAUUAGUGUACGUAGAACCUUCUCUAUGAAACCUUGUGGCUGUAUUUUAACAGACCUGCAGUACUUGCCUGCAUUGUGCUCCUUCCUACACAGAAUGCCACUGCUAGCUCUGUGUGAAACGCACUGCUUGUUGAUACAGUAGCUGACACUCUGUCCGUUACCAAAGCCCAAUGAUUCCCUUCUCUGUUCACACCUUCAGGCUGGACUGGGAAAAAGGUAGAGUCCCAUCUUUUGCAGAACUACAACUAAUCUGAUGCCUUGCAAGUCUUUAGAAUGGUAAAGCAUUAUGGGUACUUUAUUACUACAAAAUCUGGGGAUCUACAGUUUGCCCACUCCUGCCUUAAAGGACCACUAUAGUACCAGGAAAACAUACUAGUUUUUCUGGCACUUCAGGGUCUCUAGGUUCCCCCCCCCCCACACACACACACACCCUCAGGGCUCCCCUCCUGCCGGGCUCUAGGGGCUAGAAGCGGUUAAAUCUUACCGGGCUCCCUCGGUGGUGGGGACUCUUCUCCUUUCCCCGUCAUCGGCGCGCGCGUUCAGCCAGUGCAUAGGAAAGCAUUCUCAAUGCUUUCCUAUGGACGCUGGCGUCUUCUCAUUGUGAACAUCACAGUGAGAAGCGCGGAAGCGCCUCUAGUGGCUGUCAAUGAAACCGCCACUAGAAGCUGGAUUAACCCAUAGGUGAACAUAGCAGUUUCUCUGAAACUGCUAUGUUUACAGCAGAAAGGGUUAAUUCUAGAUGGACCUGGCACCCAGACCACAUCAUUAAGCUGAAGUGGUGUGGGUGCCUAUAGUGGUCCUUUAAGACAAGACUUCGCCCAGGGACUCCAGCCCUCAUGACAACUUCAUUGCUGUAAGCUUGCAUUCAGGAUAGUAAGUCCCUUUACUUAAGUGCUAUGCAAUAAAGAUCCAAAUCUAGGCAUCAUGGGAAAUAAACACAAAAUAGCUGCCGCUGACUUUGAGGUUUUGUGUUUCAUGUUUUUAAUUGUUUGUGAAUUUAAUUCAAGGCUUCUGUUUUGGUGUGCUUUUAGAGAUUAGUCUUCUGAUUGAUCCAUUGCUCUGUUUAAUUGGAAUUGCUCACCUUUGCCUCUUGUUUCCCAGCUCGAAGGUCGUAUCAUUGAGGAUAAGGAGGGACAGACACCUCCAAACCCUACAGGAGGCUGUCCCAUCUGCCGCUGGAAUCUCAAACACAAGUAUGGUUACACGGUAAGAAUAUCUCUUCUUAUUCUAUCAGUAAAUAUGGUGACGUGACCCAAACACAUUGUAUGUCUACUGAGCUCGUCAGCUUGGGAUAUAGGUGAUGGUAAUUGAUUUUUAAAACAGAACCUGCUGCCUGUUUGUGCUAUCUCUACCCUAAUCCAUACAAAGGAUCUGAUCUCUCGUACAUCAGACCAGCCAGAAGUAUAUUUAUUGGCCAGUCUCUGGCUUUAAAUGUAUAUUCUUGCCGACUUUCCUCCAUGCAGAGAACCUGUAUAGCCGUAUCAUACUAUUAUAUACAGCAGGCACCCUAUCCAUAGUCUCCAUUCAGCCAUACCCCUCGCCGAGCUACGUUUUCUUCUCCUCACCCUAUCUCGCAGAUGCACUGAUCCCAUCCUGAAACAAUAAUUGUUCAAUGCCUUCCUUUUAAUAGACAAAAAUAAAUUACUAAAGCUGGAAAUUGUAUAGAAAGGACAAAUUGCCAAAGUGACCAAAUUUGAAGAACUCUUUAACUCCGGUUAAGGUUACCGUUCCUUGGUUUUAAUUUAACAUUUGUAAUCUGUCAAUUCUCCUUAAUUACUGUUCUCCUGGUUUGGUGAAUAAAACCCUAAUAUGUUUGCACCCUCCAUUAAAGACAGAUUAUGCACCUUGUGCCACGUGAAGCCUAACAUGGGGCAUUUACAGAUAUAAACUUUCUCUGCUCGUGUGCUGGUGGCUUUCUCCUGUUUUUGUGGUAAUCUUCGUGAAAUCCGAAGACGCGCUAUAUAUUGUAUGUUGGAUUAAUGUAAAUAUUGUUCCCGCAGCUUUGGCAGGGGAUCUGAUGAAUUCUCUGUGCUCCCCAUGCAGCAGAAAGGAAUUGCUUUCACUGUCUGUUAUUACUAGCUGUAACUCAGUCAUCGUACGCUUCUUGCCAGAGAUUGACGGAUAUGAGAUCUGCGCCAGCAAUGGUUCAGGAACAUCUGUUUUCUUGACUCGUAGUUAGAGAUUGAGCAUUUCUGCUGUUAUCUGACCAAGUGCGGCUCAGCAUAACUUGCUCUGUGGGAACCUGCAGCAGCGGUUGAGCGGUAGUUGCUCUGAUAACAGUAGAAUCUGAUCCAACAUGGCCGCUCAACCAGAAAAAAAAAUUACAUUUCGAGAAGUGAAAACCUGUGAUGUUAAAACAUGGCCUACGUUUCUGAAACCUGUCUUUCUGUGUAGUUUUUAGGAUCGGUUUCUGGAUUUUAGCUUCGUUAAGAGGAGAGUUAGGUUAUUGAAGAAUCUAAUAUAGCAGCUUUCCUUUGGUUAAUAUCUGCAAUAAUAUUUGUGGAUUAUUAAUGGGUCUGUGGUCUAGCUAUGUCCUGUCCCUUAAUCUAGGAAAUCCUCUUUACAUCCACCAAUGCUACAUUAAUAAACUAAGAAAAUAUUUUAAAAGCAAAGUUCACAGUUAAUUUAUUUAAAUAAGGCACUUAUUUCCUCUCUCUGUACCUGACCACGUCAGCUGGUAUUAUGUUUAAAUCUGUUUAUUCUGUUUAAUAAGUGGUUCAGAGGAUUGAUAAGGUAAACGGGGUUUGGUAUUUGUAAGUAGUAAGGUAAAAUGUUAAUGACUCUCCAGCUCCGUCUUGUCUUUACUUCUAUACACGUGAAUGUCCUUUCCAUCUGCAAAUAAGCAAAGUGCGAGAUACAUUGAUUAUAUUCUGGAGCCCAAUGAUCUAUUCAGUAAUAAUGUGACUGUUUAAUCUAAGUGAGUUUUAUUAGUACAGGAUUUUGGGGGCAAUUCUGGUUGGUGUGUGGGCCAAUUGAAAUAGCCUUAAAGUUGCAUGGAGCAAAUUUUCAAUUGUUGCAUUUUCCAACACUUGCAGGGCUUGUCACUUACGCUCUUGUCCGGGAUUGGUAGGGUGAAUGCAAUACUCCCACACUGUACAUCUUACACACAGUCCCGUUAGACUUUCUAUUUCGUUAAGAACUAUUGAGAAUUUUCCCUUUAAUCCACUGGAGAACUGAGUUGUAAUACUAAUAGAUUGUGCUGUACCUGUAGCUCUAUCAUUAUAUAUAUGUAUAUAUCACACUCCUGGCAGGAUGUCCUUCUGCUCAGCCAGUUUAUCCGCUCAGACGGAGGGAUGUUACCGCGCAGGCUGACUGGUCUUUGUACAGAAGAGCACAGGAAGGUGGAAGAAUGUGUGAAGAUGGCUCACAGGGCAGGUAAGAGAUCCUCAUUGUUAAUAUUUUUAUCUCACACUUCCUUGCUUAAACAAAUCCCAAUUACAUACAUGGGUACCCCAGAAUUAUUUUUUUUAUUUAUUUUUUACAAACGUUAAAGCGAAAUUACUCCUCUGCUACCCCAAGAAAUCAAUCUAAACUUUGAGUAAAAUAUUGUGGCUAAAGUCGAAAAAGGUGCUACAUGUUUGUUUCUAAAGCACCAACAUAAUUCGUUUUACUGAGCAUUUAACUAUGCGGGUUUACAAGUGUGUCACCACAGCCGAAUACAUUGAUUACUGCUGUAUAUAAUAGGAAGCUGAGCCAAGAAUCCAGUGAUUACUACUGUGUACACUAGAAAGUUGAGUCAAGAAGUCAGUGAUUAUUACUGUGUAUAUUAGGAAGCUGAGUCAAAAAAAACAAUGAUUACUGCUGCUGUGUAUACUAGGAAGCUGAGCCAAGAAUCCAGUGAUUAGUACUGUGUAUACUAGGAAGUUGAGUCAAUAAUUCAGUGAAUAUUACUGUGUAUACUAGGAAGCUGAGUCAAGAAUCAAGUGAUUACUACUGUGUAAAUUAGGAAGCUGAGUCAAGAAUCAAUUGAUUACUACUGUGUAUACUAGGAAGCUGAGUCAAGAAUCAAGUAAUUAUUACCGUGUAUACUAAGAAGCUGAAUCAAGAGAUUACUACUGUGUAUAUUAGGAAGCUGAGCCAAGUGAGGAGUUUGCAGGUGUGUCUGUACACUGUCUAUUUAGUUCCCUGUUCCCGCAGGGGGAUCCCAUGUCUUCAGAUACUCACUUAUGUUGAUAUUAACUGUAGUGAAUUAAAUCACACCUAGUAACUUAUAUAUCAGUCAUAACUAAAAGGAUCAUAAUGGUUCCAUAGUGGAAUCAUAAGACAGUAUUCAUUCAUUAAUCUUCUUAUAGUCCUUCAGAUAGCUUGGACUUUCCAUGUUGCAUUUCUCCAGUAAGAGCCUGGAUGACAACACAACAAGCACACAAACAUUUCAUUGUCUGAAUCCUCAUUCCCUCUAGUCCUUGUGUGUUUGGGAGUCUUAUGUCUCUAUAAACUGUGUACACACAGGUACCACACUGUACUCCAGUUUUCAUGAAGAAUUUUAACGAACACAAACUAGUCAUUUCGACAAAGGCCAAAUUAGCACUAAGCUGUAUUAUUCAUAGCUAACCUUUCUAUGUCUGUCUUCAGUGUUUAAUGUUUGUCACCAGUGACUGAGGGAGAGAUUUCUACCACAAACUGAAGGUGACACUAUAUCCAACACCAAGCUUGUUCCAUGUGCUAUGGUUUUUGUCUUUUGGAGCCAAACUAAUCUCAGUGUGACAUUCAUAUAGUACAGGAAACACAAGAUACAGGAUGCCAAAAAAUGUAAAUACAAUAAAAUGAUCUAAAAAUGGAGCACAUAAUCGGUUCCUUUUACUGUUUUUACGUACAGACACUUUUACCUGUGGAAACACUUUUUUUCAUCUUGCUUGCCACGUUGUCUCAGUAUUUAAUAUCAUGUGAAAUCUUUACACAGUUCUCGGACAUUGUUAUGUAGAUAAGUGAACCCAUUUAACGGGCGCUCCUGUCCUGUCCUGUAAUAUCUGUGCUGCCAGUAUCUGUUUGGAUUUUUUUUAUUGAAGAGUUUUGAGUAUAACAAAGAUUUAUGUAUAACACAAGUUUAUAUUAGGAAUAUCCAUCAUGUACAAUGGGUAAUGAUACAUCUGUGGUAUACCAUUUGAAACUAAUUUUUCACAUAUAUAAUUCCACAACAAUAUUCCUUUAAAGAAAUGUGAAGGAGAGGAGGGGGGUGGGAGAGGGUGGAGGAAGAGGAAGAGGGGGAGGGGGGGAAGAGGAGAGAAAGGGGGCGAGGACAGGGGAAUAACAAAAUGAAACAAAUUAAGAUUGUUCAUCUAUCCAACAGGUAAUCUUACAUGAGUCGGAGCUUACUCUAAACAUUUCACCCUCAUAUCUAACCUUCAUAAUUGUAGAGGUGGGGGUUAAGCGCGCAUUAUGGCUAAAACCCGUUUCUUGACUAUAAGAAAGUCUCGCUUAACCCACUAGGCCAGUUCUGCCUUCCUUGAUUUCUAUUAGCAUUGUUGUUGUUCUGUGCAUUUAAUUAUUCUAUUUGUCGUUCACGUAUGUUAUCCAUAGUUGCCAGAUUUCUGUAAACCUAUCGGUCAUCCCCAAAGAUCACCAUCUUAGUUCUUCCAUUACUCUAAAGUGUUCUAACUUCGAGACCCAUUCCCUGUGUCCUAUGUGUUUUGUGUUUUUCCAAUUAGUCGCUAUUACUGAUUUAGCCGCUGCCAACAUAAACAACAGGAGUAUUUAAAUUUCUGUAUAGGAAUGUCUAUAUUGAGUAGUACCAUAGUAUCUAUUUCACAGGGAAUUGCCUUCCCAGAUAAUUCCUUUAUUUUUGAGUUAACCAUUUCCCAAAAUGAUCUUAAGUGGCUACAAUGCCACCACAUGUGGCCUAUGUCCCCAUUUUCCUCACCGCAUCGCCAACACCGUGAGGACUCGUCUUGAUGGAACCUGUGUAUGUCGUGCGGUGUUCUAUACCAUGUGGAUAGGGUUUUAUAAUUACCGUAUUUAUUCGAGUAUAACGCGCAACAUUUUCUACCAAAAAAAGAAAUCAAAGUUUGGGUGCGCGUUAUAAACGAGGGCUGGGGUGAGGUGGCAGUGGCGGCCGGUCCAUUGAGGGCGCAGGUGAAUUGUGAGUUCACACUGCGCCAUUUCCGGGCUGCAGCCGCACACUGUACACGAGGGCGAAGAAAAAAAACGUCCCCUCGUCGCGUACGGUGGGCGGCCCGAACUGGGGGUGAGAAUUCUUAUUAUCCGCUGUAUGGUCGCCGCUUCAUUUCCUCGUCUCCCACACGUUACGGUAAGCAUUGCUUUUGUACAAUUCAGUGUUUUGCGUACCGUAAUUCAGUGUUCUUCAUAUUUUAAUUGAUAUACUGGUUUACAUUAGAUGGCAACUGGUAUCAAGAGAAAACGUUCUGCAUAUGACGCUUCAUUCAAGCUCAAAGUUGUUGAUCAUGCUGAAAUUCACGGAAAUCGAGCAGCUAGCCGAGAAUUCACUGUACCAGAGACGAAUGUUAGAGAAUGGAGAAAACAGAAAGUCGUCCUGAAAGAUAUGAAUAAAACAAAAAAAGCACAACGAGGGAGACAAGCCAUGUACCCAGAUAUGGAGAAGGAACUUUAUGAAUGGAUCAUUGACCAAAGAAGUAGUGGGUACAUUGUCACAUCACUCCACAUUAGACUUAAAGCCCAAAAGUUUUGCAAAGAUUCAAACUUCAAAGCCUCUAAUGGAUGGACACAAAAGUUUAUGAAAAGGCAUGGACUUGCAAUACGCCAGAGAACAAAGAUAGCACAGAAGCUACCUAAUGAUUUAGAAGAGAAGAUUGCUUCAUUCCAUACCUUUAUAAUCAACCAACGCAAGCAGAUUAAUUUUGAACUUUCACAGAUAGGCAAUAUGGAUGAGACCCCCAUGUGUUUUGACCUACCAGGCAACAGGACAAUUGACAGCAAAGGGAAGCACACAGUCCAGAUUAGAACCACAGGCCAUGAGAAAACUCAUUUUACCGUUGUGUUAUCCUGUAUGGCAGACGGUUUUAAACUUAAACCAAUGGUGAUUUUUAAAAGAAAGACUAUUCCAAAAGGAGUUAAAUUUCCACCAGGUGUCGUGAUCCAUUGUCAUCCUAAAGGAUGGAUGGAUGAAAAGGGAAUCAUUUUAUGGUUAAAUAAAGUUUGGAAUACUAGACCAGGCGCAAUCCUGAAGAAAUCCAUGCUUGUAUGGGACCAGUUCCGCUCACACCUGACAGACACUGUGAAGGACAAACUGAAAAGUCUAAAAACAUUUCAAGCUGUGAUUCCAGGUGGACUAACCUCUAUUCUUCAGCCACUAGAUGUCGUUUUAAACAAACCCUUCAAAGACAGAGUCAGGGAAAAGUGGAUUACCUGGAUGAAAUCCGACGACAAAGAAUUGACUGCAAAAGGAAACCUCAAGAAACCUGGUCUAUCUCUCGUGACAUCCUGGGUUAAAACAUCAUGGGAAGACAUACCAAAAGAAAUGAUCAUCAAGAGUUUUUUGAAGACAGGCAUCAGCAAUAAAAUGGACGGCACAGAAGACGACCUGCUGUGGAAUUCAGACUCAGAAGAAAGCGAAGAAACUGGAGAAACAGAUGUUCCUGCCAACUGGGACACUGAUGAAAAAUUAACUCGAGAAGAAUGGGAACAAGUCUUUAGUGUAUCUGAUGAUGAAUCUGUCUUUGAAGCAUUUUAAAUAAAUAUUGUUACCGGUAAUUUUAUUUCGGUAUUGUGUUUAUACCAGUUUACGUUGUCAAUAAAUGAUUUUUGUCAUGGCCGCACGUAUUAAACAACGUUUUUUUGUUAAUUACAAUGCUUGGUGUGAAACAAAAUUUUAUACCGAUUUUUAAUCGAAAAUUAGGGGUGCGCGUUAUACACGUGUGCGCGUUAUACUCGAAUAAAUACGGUAAUCUCGUGUAAGGAGACACUGGGAUGGGAGUAAAAAGUUUUGUUAAAAAUCCGUUCCCUAUCGCUUAACGUUCAGUUAAGGUGUUUUCCCCAUUUGCGUAUAAACCACGGCAGGCCAUGGUGUAUGUGUAUCUGUAUUAUUUCCAGGCAUUUGGAUAUUGCCUUCGCCACUAGUGUUGUACUCAUGCACAUUUGUUCAAAUUUGGUAAUUUCUGUGAGAGACCCUUCGGGGACGUGAAGAGAUUUUAGAAAGUGGGUCAUUUGAAAGAACAGGAAUUAUUGGGUUAAGGUGUGUGUAGUUGUCUGUGUUAUGUCUGCCAGUGUUAAUGGUCCUUGGGUAUUCCAUACACUAUCUAAAGGUAUGUAUGGUGAGUUUUCCAUCCGGGUGGUUAUUGGGAGUGGGAUACCUUUGAUUCCUAUCGGAAACCUCAAGUUAUGAGAGAUGGGGUAUCUUGGUGAUAAGCUUGGAGAUAUGUUGGGGAGACACAUUUAUUGUGGCAUCAAUAGUGUGGUGGGUAGGUGUAGGGUAAUCCAUGGAACCCGUGUAUGUCCACGGCAGGGCUUCCAGGGAGGUAUGUGAUAUUGCUUGUUCUAUAGUGAUCCACUGUUUGGUUAGAGGUUGACAUGAACACUCUUAUUAUUCUUGCCAUGUGCAUAGCGUAGUAAUAGUGGAGAACGUCUGGUAGUCCUACUUCCCCUCUUUGUUUUGGUCGUGUAAGUAUAUGGUAGGCAAUACCGGGUCUUUUUCCAGCCCAGAUGUAUCUAGUAAAGAGCGCUUUGAUAGUGUUGAAAUUUUUUUGUGGAAUCCUUAUAGGGAUUGUGUUCACUAGGUAAAGUAUGCGAGGAAGAAUAUUCAUGGAUAUGACGUUUACCCUUCCCAACCAUCUGAAGUGUGGUUUGUCCCAUUUAUGGAGAUCAUUUUGAAUCGUGUUCGAUAUCUGAGGAAAAUUUGCUUGAUAUGUGUCUUUUAUAUUGUUUGUAAUAUUUAUUCUCAGAUAUUUAAUGGAUGUUGUGUUCCAAUGGAAUGUAUAGUCCCUGCUAAGUUUCUCGUCCAUUUCCCUGUUCACGUUUAUGUUAAGAGCUUUACAUUUUGUAGUGUUGAUUUUAAAGUUGGAGUAUGAGUCUUCGUGAUUGGAGAGGGUAAUGGUAAAAAUGAGAUCAUCAGCAAAUGCUGAUACUUUGUACGACUGUGAACCUAUCCUAAUGCCUUUUAUAUUCUCGUGAGUCCUAACCGCCUGGAGUAGAGGUUCCAGGGCCAAUAUGAACAAUAAGGGUGACAAGGGGCACCCCUGUCUAGUUCCGUUUGUUAUGGUCAGUGGGUCUGAAAGUAUACCAUUCACUUUUAUCCGGGCUGUGGGCUUGGAGUAAAUGGCAUUAAUUAAUGCCUGCCAGUUAGGUCCAAAACCCAGGGUGUCGAGGGUCAUCUUUAGAAAGGGCCAGUCCACCCUGUCAAACGCUUUCUCCGCAUCAAUUGCCAACAGGAUGGACGGCACCUCUCUCCCCCCCACCCAUUGGACCAAAUCCAAGACUUUAGUAGUAUUGUCCCUAGCUUCCCUUUUAGGCACAUACCCGGCGUGAUCUUAGUGGAUCAAUUCGUUCAAAAAUGGUCUCAAUCUCAUUGCCAUAAUUUUAGUUAAAAUCUUAAUAUCAACGUUUAUCAGGGAUAUGGGUCUAUAGCUGCCACAAAUCUAGGGAUUUUUCCCAGCUUUAGGUAAUACAGUUAUGGUUGCUUCCAGGCUAGAUUGGGGGUAGUGGUGUGUUUUGGGGCAAGGAAUUCAGGGUUUCCAGGAGGUGUGGUGUGAGUUUUUCUAUGAAAGUUUGAUAGUACGUUGCUGAAAACCCAUCUGGGCCUGGAGCCUUGUUAUGUGGGGUGUUGCGUAUAGCCUGUUGCAGUUCCUCUAUCGUGAAUGGUGCAUCUAAUGAUUGGGCCUCUAAAUCUGAACGUUUUCUCUGGGUAUGUUUCCCUAGGUAUCGUCUCAUAGUCUCUGUGUUAGGUGGGGUGUGGUGUAGGUUAUAUAGAGAUUUAUAGAAUUUACGAAACUCUUCUGCAGUAUCUUCAGCUGUGUGUGCAGAAGUGCCGUCUGCCCUUCUUAUUUUGGGUAUAUAGGUGCGUUGUUGUUGCUCUUUAAGUGCAGAGGCUAAGAGUCUUCCACAUCUAUCACCAUGUGUGAAAUAUCUCUGUUUGGACCAUAGCAUAGCUUUUUUAGUUGUCGUUUAACAAUAUUUUCAAUUCUGAUCUUAGGGACGUUAGCUUAAUAAAUUCUGAUUCUGAGAGAGAUUUUUUGUGGGAUUCUUCUAAUGUUUUAAUGUCUUGAAUUAAUAGUUUCCUAGUUUUGGAUUUCUCCCGUUUUCAGGUGGGACCCCCAUUUGAUUAAUUCCCCUCUGAUUACGCAUUUAUGGGCCUCCCAUUGUAUAGUGGAUGCAGUGUCUGGAGUCUUAUUGGAUUCAAAGUAUUGGUGGAUGGAUGUUUCCAUGGCUUUCCGUAUCGUUGUAUUCAGUAAUAGGUGGGGGUUGAGUUUCCAUUGGUAUUUUGUUGUGGGUAUGACAAAAUACCAAUGAGGUCUUUAUGUGUUGUUAGAAAAAGGUCAAUGCGUGUGUAUGUAUGAUUCGGGUUAGAGUAGAAUGAGUAGUCUUUCGUCUUAGGAUUUAGUACCCUCCAACAGUCUGAGUUGGUGGUCCCAAAGUAUCUUUCUCAUCUGAGAUCUUGCUGAUGUUAUAUGGGCUGGACAUUGUGAAGUACUGUCCCAUUGGGCGUCCAAUUACAUAUUAAAGUCCCCUCCUAUAAUAAUUAUAAUCUCUGCGGACUUUCUGACCUUCGUCAUUAUACGUCUUAGGGUGGCACAUUGGUGAGUGUUUGGUAGAUAUAAGUUAACUAGCAUGAUCGGAGUGUUUCCUAUGAGUCCUAUAAGAAUGAUAUAUCGUCCCGAGUCUUCAGAUAUCUGUUGCGUCAAUGUGAAAGGGACUUGGGCUCCUAUCAGAAUUGCCACUCCUCUAGAUUUCUUAAGACCGAAGUUAUUAUAGAAACUCAAUGGGAAUUGCUUAUGCCGUAAUUUUGUAACGCUUCCUUGCCUCUAAAAUGGGUCUCUAAAAAUACAAUGUCCGCCUUCAUUUUAUGAAAAUCCCUCAUUGCCAUGUGUCUUUUUUCUGGCGAAUUAAGACCUUUAACAUUACAUGAGAUUAUCUGUAGUUGUUUGUCCGUAUUAUGUCUUUUCAGUCAGGGAAAUCAGGUGAAUUGAAGUCAGUGACUUUUCGCAAGGAAUAGCUCACUUUCUUAUCCUGAACACUGUAAACAGUUUGGAUUUUUAACCUUUUCUCAGAUGUUGAGUUGCACGAAUUAUGCUGAGAAAAGCACAUUUGUAAAUGAAAAGGCUUUGUUAAUGAUAUUUCUCAGAUGUCAAGUGUGCACAUGUAAGAUCCUGCUGUGGCGGCUCAGACUCCAAUUAUCGCUUUCAAAAAAAUACUUUGCACCCAUUUCCUCACUACAUCCAGAUUGUCAGAGUGACCAGUACAGUGAAGUGAUCUUGCACAGGUCUUGUCAAUAAUGUUCAGGUAGAACUCUCCAGACCUUACGUUUGUUCUUUUGUAUUUGAUCCCAGGCCAUAAAACCAUCUUUAACGUAAAUAAGCCAAAAGCCCUUAGUAGAAAUCUGUGUUUAUAGAAGAUUUCUGCUUUAUUCAUUUGUACAGUUUGUUUUGUGGACACAAAGCUGUAAUUCCUGUCCCAACAGCAUGUAUUCUGUCUGAGAGCCUUCAGAUCACCUAUAUUUUCUGUGUGUGUGGAGUUUAUGAUGUUACUGAGGUAGAUAUUUUAUUUGUAGAUUAGUAUUUCCUUACCAAAAGGUGCUGUAACACUCCUGGACUGGCCAAAACCUCCACGGGCACGUCUAACACUUUACUUUAUUUCCAGGUCUCUUGCCAAAUCACAGGCCUAAACUUCCAGAGGGAGUCAUCCCAAAACCCAAAUUCCAACUGAACAGGUGAGCCCAAGACAUGCGGGUUAGAAUAGAUUACAUCUUGGUGAAAUUUGCUUCUAGUGAUUAACCACAGACUGUAUAUGUUUAUAAAGAUUAUAUCCGUAAUAAUCCCCAAAACCCAUAACUGGAGUGUAAGAUUAUACUAGUUGACUUUAGUUUCAAUUUUACAUAUUAGGUCACGUGUUAGAAUUCCUAUGCUGUCCUACUGGAAGUUACCAAUGAUUACAGACCGUUAUAGCUGUUUAUCUAGCCUGUUUAGUUUAUUGGCUUUUCUUACUUCCAGGUAUCUCACCCGAUGGUCCGUGUCCUCUACAAAGCCUAUCUUGAAGAAGGGAUUGAAAUGGUGUAAAGUUCGUAUGCCAGUUGGUCAUCCGAUCUUGAAGGACAAUGUUCGUUAUGGGAAGAAACAUAUGUACAGCAGGCACUGAGAUGGGAACAGAUUAGCUUACCGUUCCUUUUCAAAGUUUGAUGGGUGGGCAGGACAUGAAUUUGUUCUUUGUCAGUAUAUGUGACGUUAACAAUCUGUAGCUUUGUGCCCGAAGAAGGUCCAGACCAAAGAUCUACACCAAUUUGUUCUUCGUCAGUAUAUGGGAAGGUAAUAUAUUCCAUAGCUUUGUUCCCAAUGAUGUUUCAGACCUAAAAUCUAAACCAAUUUGCCAUAAACAUGGCAUCUAAAUAAAUCUUAGUCUAUAAUAAAACUAGUCUUUUUCUGAUACAAUUGUGUUGGUGUUGUCAAUCCCAUUGGAGAAUCUCAAUCUCAUAAAUUACCUUGUCACACUAAGAAUCACUAGAAUUUUUUUGGUCCUCCUAAUACCAGACUCUAAAAUUCAGUACCGCUGUAUCUCUGUUUAAAUGUGACCAGAAAUUGCUUUAUUAAUGUUUGGAAAACAAAGAACAGCAAUUGUUGUAUUCAUAAAUAACAGUUCUCGAGCAAAGUUCAAAAUGUGGCGAUACUGUCUGUUUCCUGUAGUUCCUAUGGCUGCUCUGUGCUCGGUAAAUGGAACAUUAGAUACUAAGCGGUUGAAAUCAUGAACGGCAGGUCAAUGUUCCUCUCUCCGUUCCCGAUGUAUAUGUAGCCAUGUUGAGAAGUCAGAGGAAUGUGAUAGAAAGUCAUUCCAAGCCAAAGGAGGCUGCGCAGGAUCAGGACGCUGCCUCCCUGUUCAAACUGCAGACUCCAUGAACCUGUCAAUAAAGGAAAUUGCCUGUUAACACAUUAUAUCCAGAGUAUUUACUUCUAUAAACUUGGAUUGUGUAUAAUUUUGAGCCCCUUUUAUUAAGUGUCUCCAUUUUAGUGGGCCAAAUGUAAUUGGACAAAUUACUAUAAACCUUAAAGGAUUACUCCAAGCACUGUAACAAUUACAGCUCACUGUAGUGGUUAUAGUGCCAGUAGCAUACUAGCAUCCACCAAGAGUAAU